AUGGCUGCCAUACUUUUGAAAGCUUCUAAAAGGGGGACGUUACGGAGAAUCCCAACGGGGUUGUCUCCUACAGGCGUCAAGGGGCCCAAAAAUCCCAAGGUUAACAAGGUUUGUUUUUCUCAGGCCCCCGAUUUAAACGGAGCAGCUCUCCAACUAGUUGAAACCCAUAUCGACUGGGCUUCCCAACUGGGGGCCCAUCCUGUACAAAUUAGGGGGAAAAAAAGGUUGCCUGAUUCUCACAGCUCCAAGUUUCCUGAGUUCCUCGCACCACCUAAAGACGGGUACGUCCAUGUCUUUACUCCCGUGGAGAAGGUCGACUGUUCUCCUGAGGAGUGUGCUCCAGCGAUGCGACAGGUGAUCCGGAACGUCUUGGAAAGGCGCAAGGAAGGCGCCUUGCUUUUCCGAGGACUGCCUCUGGCGACUGCGGAAGAUUUUUCAAGGGCUUUGGUCAACCUGGGCCUGAAGCUGACCAACUACGAAGGGGGAAUCGGCGUCAGGCAAAGGUUGGCUGAGGCGGUGGACACGGCGAGCGACGAUCCACCCGAGUUUUGUAUCGAGCCCCACAAUGAGAUGGCAUACACUCCACACUUCCCUGAAAAGGUAAUGUUUUUCUGCCUGGACCCGCCGUCUCCCGGUGCUGGUGGUGAGACUGUGAUCGCAGACGUGCGAGAAAUCCUGCCUCGUCUGGACAAGGACGUGGUGGACAAGUUUGAGAAGCUUGGAGUGAUGUACUGGCAUCACCUGCCCUCCCACACUCCUGGAGCAUACCUAUCCUGGCAGAAGUCGCUCCAGACCGAAGACAGGGCUGCUGUAGAGAAACACAUGAGAGCGAACAACACAAGCUGGAAGUGGGAAGAUGACAACCUAUCAUGGUGGAUCACCCUGCCAUCAAUGCUAACAUACAGAGGAGAGAAACUGUGGUUCUGCGCCAUCCAUGGUAAUAACGCAUCAUACUUCAAAGCCCAUCCUCUCUGGUUCGACAAGGACAUCCCCGAUCAUCACUUCCCCUUCACCACCUACUAUGGGGACGGCACCGACAUUGAGGCGGAAGUUCUCCAGCACAUCCGUGAUGUUCACUGGCAGGUUUCCAUGGGUUUCCAACUGCAGAAGGGUGACUUCCUGGUCCUGAACAACAUGUACUGCCAGCAUGCCAGACUCGGCUUUACCGGUAAACGGAAACUUGCCAUCGCGUUGGCCAUGCAGGACCAGGACUAUCCGGAGGACUACUGAGUUUUAAUCGUUUCCAAUAGUCAGUCUUUCAAUUAUCAAGUGGCAAGUAAUUAGUCCGUCUACGAAAGUUUAUCGUUAUUAUGGAAGCAUGAACGAUACAAUGAUUUGACAGGUAUGAAAUAGAGUGGAACGCCGUAGUAAAACAUUAUAUAUUUGUAAUGGUGACAAUGUGACAAUGACAUUAGACAAGGAUGUAAAAUUUUCAACAGUAGCACUCAUGCUCUGGUGAUUAGUUUGGGUACCCGCAUGUAUAUGUUGGACUGUGGAAAUACAAUAAAUGUGACUGUUUGUACCCUCA